GGAUACAGCCCCACGUAUAUAGCGGGCGGCGCAGGCUCACAGCCACAGCACUCUGUGAGCCGCGCCGGGAGGAGGCAGCAGUCGCCGCCGCUGCUCGUGGUCGCGCAGUUCGUGCAGCCGCCGCCGGGCCCGCCGCCGCCGCGCCAUGGCUGAUCAGCUGACUGAAGAACAGAUUGCUGAAUUCAAGGAAGCCUUUUCCCUAUUUGACAAAGAUGGUGAUGGUACUAUCACAACAAAAGAACUGGGAACUGUCAUGAGGUCACUGGGUCAAAAUCCAACAGAAGCAGAAUUGCAGGAUAUGAUCAACGAGGUAGAUGCUGAUGGCAAUGGGACUAUCGACUUCCCUGAAUUUUUAACCAUGAUGGCCAGAAAAAUGAAGGACACAGACAGCGAGGAAGAAAUCCGUGAGGCAUUCCGAGUCUUUGACAAGGAUGGCAACGGCUAUAUCAGUGCAGCAGAACUACGCCAUGUUAUGACAAACUUAGGAGAAAAGCUAACAGAUGAAGAAGUAGAUGAAAUGAUCAGAGAAGCAGACAUUGAUGGGGAUGGGCAAGUCAACUAUGAAGAAUUCGUACAGAUGAUGACUGCAAAGUGAAGAGACCUCCUUUACACCUUUUUUCCUCUAGAAGAAUCAAAUUGAAUCUUUUACUUACCUCUUGCAAAAAAAAAUGUUCAUUUAUUCAUUCUGUUUCUGUAUAGCAAAACUGAAUGUCAAAUUACCUUCUGUCCACAAACUGCAUGUAAUGGUUGGUGGUCCUGUCCCUAAAAGAUAAAGUUAAACAUCAGUUUUACAAUAUAAAUAAUUGUACUACCUUGAAAAUAAAAAAAAAAAAGGAAGCACUUAGUGAACUCAAAAGUUCCAUUUGCUAAUGACUAUUACACUGUUUGGGCUGGCCAGUUUUUCAUGCAUGCAGCUUGACAAUUGAGCACAGUCAGACAUGUGUAUUAAAAGGAAAAAAAAACCUAAAGGAUCCACUCUCUUGUUCAAUAGUGGAUUCUAGUUCAAUUUGUAGUAUAAAUUGUCAUAGCUGGUUUACUUUAAAAUUGGUUUAUACCUCAGGAUGGUAUGCAGCAAAAUGGUUGAAGGAUGCAAAACUUAAAGAAAAUGCCCUAAAGGUUGAAUGGUUCUCCUGUACGUAGCAGUGUGCUCCAAAAAUAGGAUGAUCUUAACUAUGGAUGGCAUGUCUGUGUUAAAAUACUGGUUUAACAUUGUCUGCAUUGCACUAUAGUGAAACGGGUGUCAGGCUGUUACCGUUCACAAAAUUUUUAAAAGAAACCUUCACCAAGGGAGCAUCUUUGGACUCUCAUAUUUUUAAAACCUUCUGUACCAUGACUUGGAGCUGGCGGAGUAGCCUGUGGACUUCAGCACAACUAUCAACAUUGCUGUUCAAGAUAUUACAGUUUAUGUCCAUUCCAAGUUGUAAAUGCUAGUCUUUUUUUUCCAAUAAAAGACCAUUAACUUAAAGGUGGUGUUAAAUGCUUUGUAAAGUUAAAAUAUAUAUAUAUAAUUGAGAUAAUAAACCAAAAAAGCAGUAGGAAGGAAGUGUUUCUAUGAAUGACUUGCUGCUAAAUUAUAAUGCACAUGUAUGCAAUAAGUUAUCCCCUAUCUUUUCAAGAUGGCAAGAACUGACCUCCUGUAACCCAAGACCUUUGCUAUAAAUAAAUGAACUUGUGCUUGCCUUUCA